AAAAACACUUCCUCACAAUGCACGGCUCUGCUGCUGCUGCUGCUGCUGCCAGAUGAAAAUCCAACAGUGCCAGGACCACAUGCGACGUCAACUCCUCUCCUACAGAUUUUUAGGGUGCUGUAACCACCCCAAAAACCGGAUAUGAUUCUUCUGCGGGGAGAGAAUUAAAAACAGCAGAGGAGCAGAUAAUGGGAGAAGCGCGGCGGAUGGACACACACGGACUGAGGGGGAAUUAAGCGUGUUUGUGCCAGAGUUUUUCCAGGACACCAUAUGGACAUUAUGAGCGGGAUACAAUUUGAUGAAGAGGAGAGAAGAGAUGAUUAAUCUUCCGGUCCUAUCAACUGCUGAGCAGCUCCUCGCCGCCACUUCCUAUCAGACCGGCUGCUGCUGAGGCUGAGGUGUAACGGGAAAAGUGAGUUCCUUAAAGGCAGGGGCACAGGAGAUGCCUCUCCCCAAGGGAAUGCUGCUCUGCCUGGGCAUCCUAAUGAUGGUUGUUGGGGGGGUCAUGGCCCUGGUUGUGGGCAUGCCAAACAAGUCGGCCCCACUGUUUGGGGUCGGUCUGAUCCUGGGCCUGGGGGGCGUGGUCCUGCUGAUCAGUGGACUCUGCAUGGCGAUGAAGAAUCUGCAGGCGGCAGUGCCAGGACACUUCCUCCUGCACCCCCGCACGGGCAGGCGCUUCAGCCCCCAGCAGGCCCUGGCUAUACAAAGGAGGUUGGACCGGAUUCGUCGGGAGAUGUCAGAGGACUCUGUAAUCAGCAGGGCACCAGAGCCCGAACCCCCCCUCCCAUCCACCCCUCCACCCUGGACUAUGGAGCCGCCUCCCUCCUACGACACAGUGAUGAAGAGCCAGGAGCACAGCGAGCAGCUUUAACCACUGGUUUCGUUGGACUUAUUUACUCUAUUAUUGCCCUUUGUCUUAGGUUCUCAGCGGGAACCUUGUAUUAAUUAAUGGAUGUGCCUUAAGACAGCCGCCCUGAACCCAAACAUAAGCCAAAAAGCAGAAAGAGACUGCAGCUGGGCAAACACUUAAUAUUUGUACAGACUGAGCCCCAGUGUGGCCUCUGUUGACUAAACCUGAUGUGAUUGAUGAGGUUGAUGAGGUAAUGAAAUGAUAACUAACUGCUCUGCUCUAUACGCUGAUGACCUUUCCCCAGACCAACAUUUUGUAACUUUUACUACGAAGUUGAGGGAUUUAUCAACAGUUUGGCUGCAAAGCUCCUGUAGCCAACAAAUUGGGAUGUUGUAUUAGGCUGCUUGAGUUUGAGUGGCCUACUACUGUGGCACGAUAAGAACUUUCCUCACAGCUUUGUGUCUGCGCUCUUUCCUCUCAUAACUCUGCUCGAGGAUCAUUGACACCUUACUCCAAUGCAAUGAAGUGCCUUCCCAAUCGUUGGCAGAAUGUAACAGUUCUGCGCUGUAUGCUGUGUUUGCAAAGGAUCCUCUGUUAGUCUUAUGUUGUGAUUUUUUUAUAAACUCUUGUAAAUGAAUAGCUACUACACUCUCUGUGGGAGGUGGAGCACUUAGUAAAAAUGGAUUGUUUAUUUCAAAGAGGGAAACCUUGGAAAGGCGAAGGAGAGAGAUGUUGACUCAUGUCUAAACCAAGCAAACAUAAACAAUCACUCUGUUCAAUA